UUGAAUGAAUGUAGAAGAUUCAUCACCUUCAGUAAAGUCUUUAGGAGAAUAUGCCCACCUUGACAACCAAGAUGAUCUCGAAGCGAACACUGAGAAUGAUGAAUUCAAAAGAUUAGCAGAAUCAAACACUUAUGUUGUUGAAUAUUAUCAUCCAACCACAGGCAAAAGAUAUGUCGGCCAUAGCCCAGUUGAAGAGCAAACAACCCUUGAAUUAAUCACCACAAUAUGUCAAAAACUAGACCUCCCUGGCCCAUACGACCAAUACAACCUCUGCCGCUUCAACAAAAGCGGCAAACUAAAACAGCCCCUUGACUUGAACAAAACAAUCCUAGUCACUCCUAAGAAAGAAAAGCACAAACAUUUGGCUCUUUUCCGCAAAGAAGUUGAAACUUUCCAGAUUGAAGAAGCAGGUUACAAGUAUCAUAAAAGCAAGAGAAACAGAAGACAUAGCUUUGAUAGUAAUGAUUCAAACAGCUACCAUAUUGGAGAUGAUAAGGUCAGAGAUGCAGAAAAUUGCUGUACCAUUUGCCUUUGUUUCUGUGAGCUACUCCAAUGAAUUGCAUUCUGCUGAGAAUGUGUCUCUGCUAUUGGUAAGCUUUUACACUAGUUUGCUAUAGGGGGUCGCGACUAAGAAGCUCCAAAUGAAUAGUAUUGCACUUUAGACAAAGAUCUUAGCUCCUAAUUCAAGUUUUAAAUUACUAAAAGGGGUUUUGGGGUUUUGG